CUUUCACCCGUUUCACUCUCUUCAUACUGUUUUCUCGCCGUCGUUCCCAACUUCUUCUUCUUCUCCGUGUAACACUGGAACUACUAUACUUCUACCUCGCACUUACUUUGCGCUAUCUUCAGUUUUCUUCACUUGUUCUCGUGUUUCUUACUUCUGAAAUUCAAUCAAUUUUUAUACUGAGACGAAACAAUGAUAAAGAGAAGAUUCUUUAAGGUUGAUCAUGGAGAUAGGGAUGGUGCAGAUCAUUCUUCUUCAUCCUCGGAUGAAGAUUAUGAUAAUCAACCCGCGGAAGGAAGCCAGGAGAAUGAUGAUGAUGAUGAAGUUAGCUCAGCAUCUUCUGGAUAUAAAAGUGAGGAUAGCUCUGCCAACGACAUUGAUGCGCACUCUGCUGAUACAAACUCUGCAGGUCUGCUAUUUAGUGAAGAUGAUACUGGAACUAUAAAAGAAAGGGAAGUGUUUAUUAACAAGAAGUUUGCUAGUGAACGUGACUCUGAGAAAUCUAAUGUUAUGCCUGAAAAGAAACCCCUACCAGCAGAUAUACAGUCCGCUUUUGUCGUACAAAUAAAAUCAGUAUUUAAAUGCAGGCUAUGUCCUCGGAUUAUAUGUUUGACUGAGGACACUUUGCGGAAUCAUCUUCAAUCAAAGAGACAUGCUCGAUCUGAAAAACUACACAGGGAAGGCAGACUGAAGGUCAUGCUCAACAGCGAUGGUGAAAUAGAGAACCAAGAGGACUCAGAGAAAGAAACCGAAGAUACUGAGGAUUAUAUAAAGAAGAAUGACAUAGGACCGAAGCCACAUAAGGAGAGAUCGAAAAAGAAGAAACGUGACAAAUCAAACUCAAGGAAGAUUCGGUCAAAAGGGUCAUCCAAAAGAAGCCGCAAAAAAUAAGAACUGAAAUACAUUUGUAUUCAACAUUCUGUCGAGCAAGUUUUCUCGCUACUAACAUUUGCCUUCGUGUGCAAAACAUGUGUACUCUAAUGUAUACUCUACAUGUAGCUAUUUUGAUCUCUAUUCCCAGUCUCUUCCAACAUUUUUAUGCAUUUCCUUUCCAUUUAGUGUAACAUUAUACUCAAAGCUUCCUUGUUAAAGAUAUUAAUAUGAUUAUGAUAUUGAGGAUGCAUUUUGCUGUGUUUGAACUAA